AUUGUUGGAGUAACCUUUUCUAUCUAGCAACAACACGAUUAGUGUUAAGAAAAGACCUCUUGCAGGAAGGCUGACUAGAUAUUUCUUGUAAAAACACUAGUCCCUGUCAGUUCAUAAUGAGAAUAUUUCGAUAUUCUUUUGGUUCCAUGGAUUAUUAUCGUUCAUUAUGCACAGAAGGGAGGAGCCGUAUGAGAUGAAAAUCUCACGUACGGUUCUGAAACGGGGAUUCUUUGAAUAGAAUGAACGACCGCAACGGAUAUCAGCUCAAUCCGAAGGAAAUUAUGCGGAAGCUUUACAGAAUUAUUAUGAAGCUAUGAGACUAGAAAUUGAUCCCUAUGAUCGAAGUUAUAUACUGUAUAACAUAGGCCUUAUCCACACAAGUAACGGAGAACAUACAAAAGCUUUGGAAUAUUAUUUCCGGGCAUUAGAACGAAAUCCAUUCUUACCACAAGCUUUUAAUAAUAUGGCCGUGAUCUGUCAUUACGUGCGACUAUCUCCACUAUAGAAAGAGGGAAAGAAAGAUAAAAUACGCUAGUAAAUACUAGCGGAUAGGCUUUCUACAUAUGUAUCGUACAAAGCAACGAUUUUUAUUAGCUGUAGCAAAGAAAGAGACUUCAUAAAAGCAAAAAAAUGAAGAAAUGGAUAUGCCUAUAAUACUAUAUUCUAUGGAUAGAUAAAAGAUCUAAUUGAUAGAGGAAGCGCCGUAAAGAUCAAUUAGUGAAAUUUUUGGCCGAUAAAAUAAGAAAAAACUGCUUACUUAUGUCAUGAUAUGAGAUAUAAUUUAGGAAUCAACUUAUGUAAUAGAGUUGAUCCACUAAGGUAUUGAGCAGCGGUGUAGCAUCAGAUCCCAAAGAUAGUAAGUCCUUUCUUUCUUAGAGAGGAAAGUCUUUUUCAAAGAUUCUAUAUGAAAAUGAAACUGAGAUAGUUACCUUUCAGAAAAAGAUAGGAUAGUGGGUUUCGUUUUUCUGAAGGUAGGAGAAAAGAUAAAACUUAUUUUGAAUAAAAAUGCAAGUUUAAAACUUAUGUAAAUAUAAUUAACCCCUUCUGGUUAACCCGAGAAACAAAAAUGGGAUAGAUUUAUGAAAAAUCUUAUUUAGUUAGUAUAGGGUCGAUUAAGAUGGGACACCAAAAUAAUUGAUUGCUGAGCCGUAUGAGGUAGGAAACUCUCAAGUACGGUUCUAAGGGAAGGAAUCGACCCACCUAUUCCGACCGAGUAGAACAGGCUAUUCGGCAGGGAGAUUCUGAAAUUGCGGAAGCUUGGUCCGAUCAAGCGGCUGAGUAUUGGAAACAAGCUAUAGCGCUUACUCCAGGUAAUUAUAUUGAAGCGCAUAAUUGGUUGAAGAUCACGCGGCGGUUUGAAUAAGAACACUCUUUUUAUCCGUCAGUAAAAUAAAAUAGAUCUUUCCUCUGGGAAGAGCUAAUCAAGGAAUUUCAUUGUAUCCCUUCUAAGAUUGUUCUGUUCUAUUUCGUCUAGUACCUCGUAGGCAUAAACGAUACCCGACUACAGUACAUCAUACAUCCCUUUUUGCUAUUCAAACUAAAAAAGCCUUUGAAUGUGGAUACUGGGGUCUUAUUCAUGACUGCCCCAAUGAAGUGAUUUGGAAUCGAGCAAUAGUCAUAGUUCCAUGUAAGAUACGAAGUAGCUCCAUCUAAGCACCUGUAAUUUGCAUAUGAAUAAAAAAAAAAAAAGAGUUUUUGUGUCAAGUCGAAGCCGGGAAAGGAUUUUCAAAUAUUAUAAAGGUCCGUUGAGCGCCUCAUGGCUAUGUCAUAAUAAAUCCGAACACUUGCCCCGGAUCGACUUCCAGAUCAUAAUUGCUCUAGUAAAUAACUAAACAAAAUAAAUAACUGGGAGAUAGGAAGGAAAGGAACUAAUUAUAAAUAGAUUUCAGAAGUUCACUAAUUACUUGACUGUUGGCAGGUCUCUUUGUAUGUGUUGUCCGGAAAGAGGAGGACUCAAUGAUUAUUCGUUCGCCGGAACCAGAAGUUAAAAUUUUGGUGGAUCGGGAUCCCGUAAAAACUUCUUUCGAGGAAUGGGCCAGACCAGGUCAUUUCUCAAGAACAAUAGCUAAAGGCCCUGAUACUACCACUUGGAUCUGGAACCUACAUGCCGAUGCUCACGAUUUCGAUAGCCAUACCAGUGAUUUGGAGGAGAUCUCCCGAAAAGUAUUUAGUGCCCAUUUCGGUCAACUCUCCAUCAUAUUUCUUUGGCUGAGUGGCAUGUAUUUCCACGGUGCCCGUUUUUCCACUUAUGAAGCAUGGCUAAGCGAUCCUACUCACAUUAGACCCAGCGCUCAGGUGGUUUGGCCGAUCGUGGGCCAAGAAAUAUUGAAUGGUGAUGUGGGUGGUGGUUUCCGAGGAAUACAAAUAACCUCUGGGUUUUUUCAGAUUUGGAGAGCGUCUGGAAUAACUAGUGAAUUACAACUCUAUUGUACUGCAAUUGGUGCAUUGGUCUUUGCGGCGUUAAUGCUUUUUGCUGGUUGGUUCCAUUAUCACAAAGCUGCUCCAAAGUUGGCUUGGUUCCAAGAUGUAGAAUCCAUGUUGAAUCACCAUUUAGCGGGGUUACUAGGACUUGGAUCUCUUUCUUGGGCGGGACACCAAAUACAUGUCUCUUUACCAAUUAACCAAUUUCUAGACGCUGGAGUAGAUCCUAAGGAGAUCCCACUUCCCCAUGAAUUUAUCUUGAACCGGGAUCUUUUGGCUCAACUUUAUCCAAGUUUUGCCGAGGGAGCAACCCCGUUUUUCACCUUGAAGUGGUCAAAAUAUGCCGAAUUUCUUACUUUUCGUGGAGGAUUAGAUCCAGUAACAGGGGGUCUAUGGCUGACCGAUAUUGCACACCAUCAUUUAGCUAUUGCAAUUCUUUUCCUGAUAGCCGGUCACAUGUAUAGGACUAACUGGGGGAUUGGUCAUGGCCUGAAAGAUAUUUUAGAGGCUCAUAAAGGUCCAUUUACAGGCCAGGGCCAUAAAGGGCUAUAUGAAAUCCUAACAACGUCAUGGCAUGCUCAAUUAUCUCUAAAUUUAGCUAUGUUAGGCUCUUUAACCAUUGUUGUAGCUCACCAUAUGUAUGCCAUGCCUCCUUAUCCAUAUCUCGCUACUGACUAUGGUACAGUACUUUCGUUGUUCACACAUCACAUGUGGAUCGGUGGAUUUCUCAUAGUUGGUGCUGCUGCACAUGCACAAGAGGUAAUUCAUCACCUGAAGUAA